AUAUAAAAGCUUAUCGUCGAGGUUUUGCAGAUAGCAGUUGAGUGUUUGUAUAUAAUCAGAGUUACACGCUUGUGCUGGAACUCAAUGAAAUUGAGUGUGAUUUUUUUAUUAUUGUAAAAGAGUAGAAAGAAAAAUAUAAACAAAAUGAAGUUUUAUCAGACAAUCUUCUGUCUAGUCGUCGCCCUUGCUAUUACUUAUGCAUAUCCAGGACAUCAUGCUGAGAGCUAUGCAAAUUUAAAUCAACAUCACCAUGAUCAUCAUUAUGUUGAAGAUCACCAUUAUGGACCAGCCCCCUACAAAUUUGAAUAUGGCGUAAAGGAUCAUCACACUGGUGAUCAUAAACAGGCAUGGGAACACAGUGAUGGACAUCAUGUAAAAGGAUCAUAUUCUCUCUACGAACCCGAUGGAACGAAACGCGUUGUGGAAUACACAGCAGAUCCUCAUUUUGGUUUUAAUGCUGUCGUUAAGAAAAUUGGACAUGCCCAUCAUCACUAUAUUCCACACCAUUGAAAAGCAUUUUAACCAAAUACCGCAUAGUUUUGUUAUUAAAUCAGUGUGUUAAUUAUUGUUAAUAUUUCUACUCAAAAAAAAAUCCUCAAGAACGUGAUUUUUUAAAACCUAUACAUAUUUUUUAAUCAAUGUUUUUAUUCAAACGAUGUGUUUGACAUCUUUAAAAAAAAAAAGUACAACGAUUAGUGCAAAAAAAAAUGUUAUCCAUAUAUCAAAACUAUCUCUGGAGUACAAAGUGGCUUUACUGAAAAUUAUGAAAUAAAAAAAUGAUAAUUCUUCGUUGUAAACCAAAUUGAAAUCUCAAUAAAUUAUUUGUGAUUAUAUCUUAUUUAAUUUAUCUUAUUAUUUUCA